UUUCCCUUUUUAAAUGUGCUCUGCAAUUUCACCAACAACGGGCGUCAUGUCAAAUGCGGAGAGUCAAGAGGACAACAGCUGUCAAGAGGAAGAGUCGAGAGCGAAGAAAAGGAAGAUUUCUCUGGCCAACUGUAGUGUGUGUGGAUCGGAGGAAGCCAAGUACCGAUGUCCCGCCUGUCUCACACAUUCAUGCAGGGACCUCGAGUUAUGUAACCCGUGAGCUGAGGGGACAAUGGGAUCGGUAUUACUAAAAGAUGUGGCCUGUGUGUAUGCAGUGAGGAAUGACAGUAAAGCAGGGAGAGUCCAGACAGAUUUAAGCUUGCUGUGUGUGAAGAAACACAAGGGCGACUCGGGAUGCAGUGGAGUUAGGAAUAAAACGGCCUUCGUGACUCUCUCACUGUUUGAUGAAAUGACACUUCUCAAUGACUACAGGUUUCUGGAGGAUACAGGGAGGUUUGCUGAUGGUGCCAACAGAGACAAUCUCAUCCGGACCCCCCGUUCUACUUUAAAAACCAAGAAGCUGGCAUCCAAUGCCAGGAAAAUGAACAUCACGUUAAGAUUCCUCCCCAUCACCUUCACUAAAAGCAAGGAAAACUCCACCUUCUUCUUUACAAAAGAAAAACUGUUCAUGUGGCACUUGAAGCUCAUCUUUCCUCAGAGCAACACAGAGUUCAGUCAGAGGAGGGUGCCUGAUGGGAAAACCCUGGAGCAGAUCUUGACCCCUUAUAUUCACCCCACAGAGUCGGACCCUGUGGCACGUCAAAAGUUGAAGAUGUAUGUUCAUGCCUCGUUUGAUCACGUGAAAGUCUUCAUGAAGGCAGAGGGGAGAAAGGCAAACUCUGUGAGGUACCACAAUUUGGACAUUCAGAAGAGCCUGAGGGACAACCUGAGCUACAAAACACUGAUUGAAUAUCCUGUGCUGCAUGUUGUUCUCAAAGAUUAUUGGAAGGACUAUCCACUGAAAGGACCAGCUGAACCUGCGUCAGCCUGCAAAAGUUUUGCAAGACAGAGUGAAGGGAUGGAUCUGACCCAAGUUUCACCAUCAGGGUCUCGCAUCCCAGGAGGAACCGACAUCUGGACAGGAACCUCAGAGACCAGUCCUGAAACUAAGCCCCCACAGGAGAAAAAGGCAAAGAAAGAAGCAGGGAAGGAAGAGCUGGAGGAGGGAGAGCUCACCGACAGUAGUGAUGAAGACGAGGAGGAAGGAAAUACUGUACAGAAUAACCCAUGUAAUAAGGGCUGUGAUGGUGCCAAAAGCUCUGCUGAUGACAUGGACUUUACUGAAGAUGAGCUUGCAGACAGUGUGGAUAAAGUUGCCGAUGAUAGUAAUAAUAAACACAGUGACAGCAGCAGGGAUCAAUGUAUAAACAAGGAUAUUACUGGUAGUACUGAUGAAAAUAGAGCUGUCAGUGAGAGUGCUGAGAUAAGCGUGACUAAGGAGGAUGCUUUAAAAGAGUCGGGGAGUGUUUCUACCCACCAUUGUUCAGAUGAAAAUGAGUCAGCUAACACUACUGACAGCUGUGGAUUGGAAUGAUAAAGUAGAUUUUGCAGAUGUCCAGGAUGAAAUGAGUGUGGGGGCAGACAUAUCGAACAGGAAGUUGACAGUCUUUUGCCAGUAAUCAAUGCAACCCAAUGUUUUUUUUCCCCCUUUUUUUCCUCAAUAUUUUUAUACACAUUAUUUUAAGAACGGUAUCAUUGUAUAUACACAAAUCACUUCAAUGAUAAAUUUAGGUUUAAUCUGCCUGUGUAAUCAUUCUUUCUUAA